UGCAGACGCGUACAUAAAGGCCUACGGUCUCUUGCUUCUGCAUUUCUCACCAAAUUGCAGUCAUGUCCGACAAAAAGCUCAAUUACAACGCAAGACAAGGUCUAUCCUUCCAAGCAGAGACACCAAAUUUUCUACGACAACUUCAAGCUGCAACCAGCGGGACACAACGAUCUAGACGAGAUAUACCCGAUUUUAGUGCUGAUAAUGACGAAGAUAGCGGACCUGAUGCGCCUGAGAAGGACGAUGAGAAACCACAGGUAGUGGUGGAGAAGGGGAUAACGGACUUUGAGGUGAAGCGGUAUCUUGGAAAAGAUACGCCAGACGAAGAAUCUCGUAAACGGGCGGCUGAUGGGGAAGAGGAUCAGAGUGAACCAAGUGAAGAAGAGGCAGAAGACACUGGAACCGAUGGGAAAGUAAAGUUCAGAAAACCAAAGAAGAAGAGUUCAACGUCAGCAUCGGCAGAGAAACGCCGAAAAGUUGAUGAGAAAAAGAAGGCAGCAUUAGCAAACACCAAAAAGAUCAAGAAUAAAAAGCUUUUAUCAUUCGACGACGAAGAGGGAUGAGACGUCGCUCGCGCUAAAUAGAACAACUGAAUAGCGCACUGGUUCUUGUUAUCGGAAAUUUGCUCGUAUAUUUGCAGCAUCCUUUUGUGCUCUGAUCCUUUCCACCUCUUCCACUCCACCAGUCUUCUUCAAGGCUCCUGUACGCACCAUCUGCACCAACUCGUCCUCAAAGUCGUUUCCCUCUGCCUUCUCUGCGUUCUUUUCCCAUAACUUUAUCUUUUGUAGAUUCUCCAAGGCCUGUAGGCGUCGCUCACUAUCAUCGUCACUAGCUGCAAGUCGUAUUUGCUCGAGCACUUGCGAGAGGCCUACUUCUUGAACUUCAUCUGCGCUCAUAACAUCAAGCGGAACAUUGUAUGGAUCGGGCGCCGACGGUCCGGUAGAAUCUGAGAGCUCUAAAAACCGCGCCACCGUUUGCAGCAUAUCGAGUAGAUCCGAAUGGCUCUCUUCCAUAUUCAUAGCGAGUCCUUCCUGUGCUUUCAAAAACGCUUGUUCCCGU